UGUGACCAAAUACGGAACUUGAGGGAACGUCGAAACAUCUAAUUUUUAUAAAAAUCCUCAAUUGCUACGUUGCCUUUACCUACUAUAUGUUUAGAUAUUGACUUCGCAUAACACAUACAAUCGACACUUUCCAGUGUUAGUCUAAUUUUGAAGUGAGCUCAGCCCACGUAUUGCGGAAAUACAGUAAGUAUAGCCUACGUAAGAGAACUAACAAACAGGAAACGUUUUCCUUAUCGCUCACCAGUCUGUUCACAAGAAAACGAAACAAGACGUGUACUCAUUUCAACAGCAGUCGAGGCGAUGGCUAGCGCACCCCCAUUGGAGACAGGAACACUUGUGGGAUACCCACCUCCUCCAUCAUAUGAUGAGGCUUUGGGAUCAAACCCAACGUACCCAGCAGGGACAUAUGCUCCAGCUGACAUGAAGGCACCUGUGCCUCCAUAUCCACCACAAGCCUACAGCCAGAUGUAUCCAACACCACCCCAGCAAGGUCAACCUGUCACCAACCCUGUUGUAUCGGUUCAGACAGUGUACGUCCAGCCUGGUCUGCUUUUUGGGGAUGUUCCAGUGCAGGCAAACUGUCCAAUAUGCCAACAGACCGUGAUAACCCGUUUGGAGCACACAUCAGGAGCAUUGGUCUGGCUCUCUUGUGCGGGCCUGGCCAUUUUUGGAUGUAUCUACGGCUGCUGCCUGAUUCCCUUCUGUGUAGACAGCCUGAAGGAUGUGACGCACUACUGUCCGAACUGCAGCAGUGUUUUAGGAUCCCACAGGAGACUCUGAAGCGGUCGUGAUACACACCUACUGUGCAUUUAUAAAGGAAAAUUGGUUACAGACAGUGAAUCAGUUCUUUAGCAUGAGGCGUUUCAGUAUCAGGGCCGCCAACACUGACAUGUAUUCAAACUUAUAUACGCACACUUUAACAUACUAGUCUUUUCUUUGUAAACUGAUUUAAUUGUAUCUUUUUUACAAUUGUAUGACUGUUACAAUUGCAAAGAAAUCUCCGUAACAGGUAAUGUGAUUUCUGCACAAUUACAGUGCAUCAUUAAUCGAACUGA